UGGAGCAUUACGCAUGAGUAAAGGGCGGCAUAUAAAGAGAUGCCUAAACAAAGCUGAAAGGAGACUGAAGGGCGUAGUUUAGCGGAGGCCUUGGGAGGCGAAAACGAGAUUUGCCUCGGGUGCGCCGGAGGAAUUUGUGCUCCCGUCCCGUCCCAUCCCGCUGGUGAUUUGAAUGAAGGGAAUUAAAGGAGCACGGCAGGGAAGAAGAAACUGUUCGCCGUGGUGGCGCGCACAGUGGUAACAGAAGAGGCGCAUGGGUUGGGUCGGAGACGGGAGAGAUUAUACCUACCUUGUAAGCCCCGGCCUAUUGCCUGGCAGGCUUCCCGAUCAAGAGAUACCUUCCUCCUGCGAUUACCGAACCACUCGCCCCUCCUUCGUCUCCUGUCUCUCUGUCCUAAUGCCCGUCGCCAUCACCAAUUCAGCAUAAUGCCGGUGCGGCCGUUGCUAUCGGGAAAGCCAUCCCAGCACGCCCCCCUGGCCCGGUGGUGAGUGGUAGGCGGCCGAAGAAUUCCGCGUGGGGAAGAGUCCGUUCCAUCCAAGAAGAGGAGAGGGACGGACGGGAGGGGAGAGGAGAUCGAUCGAGGCUUUCAUGAAGGACCUGGUGUCGUGCUUCAGCGAGCACGCCGUCCGGAUCUCCGACGUCGCCUGCUCCGGCGCCGCCAAUGCGGCGGCGGGCGCCCCGGAGGCCGCCGGGGGAGGAGGAGGAGGAGGAGGAGGAGGCAGGGCGGUGGCGGUCAGCGCGGUCACCACCGUGUACCGGUCCCGGCUCUCGGCGUCGGGGAAGGAGCUGCUCCUCGAGGUCACGUGGUCGCGGGCGCCCGACGGGCCCGCGCUCUCCGUCGCCGUCCACGAGGCCGCCGCCGCCUCGCGCCACCGCGGCGCCGGCAACGCGGCGCCGCGGCAUCUGCACAAGAAGAAGGGGAGCGGGACGUUCACGGCGGGCAGCUGCGUGGUCGGCGUCUUCUGGGACUACGCCGCGGCGCGGUACGCCGCCGGCGGGGCCGGGCCCGAGCCGGCCUCCGGGUUCUACGUCGCCGUCGUGGCGGACGCCGAGUUCGUGCUCCUGCUGGGGGACCUGAGCCGCGGGUACGUCGAGCGGCUGCACGGCGGGAUACCGAUUGCCGGGUCCCGGAUGGCGCGGCGGCGGGAGCGGUUCGUCGGGUGCGGCUGCUGGUCCACGAAAGCCCGGUUCUUGGAGGCCGGCGCGGAGCACGAGAUCGGCGUCGUGCUGCUGGACGGCGACGCCGAGGCGUGCGUCACCGUGGACGGACGCAAGGUGGUGCAGCUCCGCCGGCUGCGGUGGAACUUCCGCGGCAGCCACACCAUCUUCCUCGACGGCGGCGCGCCGGUGGACAUGACGUGGGACCUGCACGGCUGGCUGUUCCACGCCGGCGCCGGGCCGCCCCACGCGUCCUCCUCCUCCUCCUGCGCCGUGUUCACGUUCCAGGUGCGCGGCGCGUCGGAGACGAGGCUGUGGACGGAGGACGACGAUGCCGACGCCGGCGAGGAGCAGGAGAAGCCGCCGGCACCGUCGAGCGGUCGGCGACAGAAGCCCGGAGGCGUAGGAGCAUCGGGGCAGGGGUUCUGCCUGCUGAUCCAAGGCUUCAGAGGCUUUUCCAAGAGCACUUAACCUGUACAUGCCGUUAGAAAUUUUAUAUCGUCAUUUUUUCAUUUCCUCUUCUUGAUUUGUGUGCUUGGAAGAAUGGAUUAGGAUCGACAUGCUGCUGGUUGACUCUUGUUGAUUAAUCCGAUGCUUGACAAGGAUGUGAUUGUGAAUUGGUAGGAUAGGAAAGAGGCUGACAUACGGAAAGAGAUGCUUUCGUUUCAGUUUGCUACGUCGCUGUGCUGAUUUAACAACACAUGACAUGCCUGUAACAGUGUUCUGCUAGUGUCUUUUCAGAAAUAUACCAAAGAUUGGAUA